AUGAAUUCGGUUUCUCAGAUCGCAAUCGUCGGCGUGGGCCAGGUCGGCGGCGCCGCAGCCUACUCGCUCAUCCUCGCCUCUCUCGCGAGCGAGUUGCUCCUCGUCGACAUCGAUAUUGAUUUGAGAGACGGCCAGGUCCGGGACCUUUCCGAUGUGGCCUACAGUUGUAACAGCAGCACGCUCGUACGAGCGGCCUCACACCAUGAGGCAGCCAAGGCCGACAUUGUGGUCAUCACGGCGGGAUCCAAGCACAUGAUAGGCCAAACCACCGUCGACUACACAUCCCGGAACAUGUCAAUUGUUAGGGAAGUAGUCGAGACAAUGAAGCCGUUCAGAUCAGACACCAUCCUGCUUAUCGUGUCAAACCCUGUCGACCUGCUCACAUCCCUCGCCCAUGAGCUCUCCGGACUUCCGACGUCUCAAGUCUUGGGCUCAGGCACCUUCCUAGACUCGGUGCGGCUCCGUGGUCUGGUGGCCGUGCGGGCUGGAGUCGCGGCUAAUUCGAUGGAUAUCUACGUGGUCGGCGUACACGGAGAUCCAGUCGUAGCAUGGUCAGUGGCAACAGUUGGUGGCGUCCCCAUGGAUAAAUCGCUCCCGCCCAACGUUCUUGACCGUGUCGAGCUUGCGGAUGAGUGCAAGCAUCGAUCGCAGAGCAUAAUCAGAGCUAAAGGUGCCACUCCUUUUGGGCUCGGCUCUAUUAUAUGUAGUAUGUGUUCCUCUAUCCUCUUGGAUAAGCGCAAUGUUCGUCCCGUCAGCCAUUUCCAACCGGAUUUUGGUUGCUCUUUUAGCUUGCCCGCGGUCCUCGGGAGGAAGGGAGUUAUGAGUACGAUUCAGAUGCCUCUAGACCGUGACGAGGAGGCUCAUAUAGCUGAGUCGGCGAAGGAACUGAGGGAAACUAUUGACUGGAUCCAUCAGAAUUAUUAG